GCGUCAGCCUCGCUGUCAUGGCAAAGAUGGCGGCCGACGGCUGAAUGCUGCCUUGCGUUGCCGAUCUGCUCUUUUUCCCGGCUGAUACGGUCGAACAGACUCUUCCGAUUGACUGACUGGCGUGUUGAGCUGGGAUACGAACGCAGAAACAACUGGAGAGGAGUUGAUCGAGCAGUGGCGUAACAAUGCAGAUCACACUGAAGACGCUGCAGCAACAGACGAUCCAGAUUAACAUUGACGAUCAGCAGACGGUAAAAGAUCUGAAAGAAAGGAUCGAAGCAGAGAAAGGGAAGGACAGCUUCCCAGUCUCAGGCCUGAAGCUGAUCUACGCAGGCAAGAUUCUGCAGGAUGACAUGCCAAUCAAGGAGUACAAAAUCGAUGAGAAGAACUUUGUGGUGAUCAUGGUGUCAAAGGCGAAGUCACCUCCAUCGGGGGCAGCGCAGGCCGCAGAACCACCUAAAACCACGCCCGCCGAAUCCAGCCCUCCUCCGAAGCCGGCCCCUGCAGCCAUCCCUAUCCCCGCGGGGGAGGACAAGCCCCCAGAGCGCUCCAAUCCCUCUACAGGCCCCGAUCCUGACAAAGACACUCUGGAGUCAUUCCCCAUGGGUCCAGAUUACGAGGCUAUGGUGACGGCUAUAGUGGCCAUGGGUUACGAGCGGGAUAAGGUGGUGGCAGCUCUGCGGGCCAGCUACUGCAACCCCGACCGGGCUGUGGAGUACCUCCUCAACGGGAUCCCCAGCACACCAGUGCAGGAGAGCAUUCCCCCGCCUGAAGCCCAUUCCAGCACCUUCUCUGAAGGCACUGAAGCGUGUCACUCGGCAGGGAAUCCCCUGGAGUUCCUGCGCUCACAGCCCCAGUUCCAGGGAAUGCGGCAGGUGAUACAGCAGAACCCGGCGCUGCUGCCGGCGCUGCUGCAGCAGCUGAGCAGGGACAACCCGCGCAUGUUGCAGCAAAUCAACCAACACCAGGAACUGUUUAUACAAAUGCUGAAUGAACAGCCGGGACAAGAUGAGGAUCUGGGAGAGAGGGCGGGGCUAGGCCCGGCUGAGGAAGAAGAAGAGGUGGAGGAGGAGGAGGGCAGCGGCGUGAACUACAUCCAGGUCACGCCGCAGGAGAAGGAAGCGAUUGAGAGGCUGAAGGCUCUGGGAUUUCCGGAGGAGCUGGUGCUCCAGGCCUAUUUCGCUUGCGAGAAGAAUGAGAAUCUGGCAGCCAACUUCCUACUGAACCAGAACGAAUGAGUCUUCGACGAGGCCCGCUUCGCUCCCGGCUCGAGCACUGUGUCCGCUUUAACGAAAAGCUUAUUUUCUAUUAUUUGGGGGGGAUAGAGAAAUUAAACUCAUGACUUAAAGGAGUGGGGUUGGGUAUUUAAAUUUUGGGUCAUUUUCAGGAAGGGCGGUAGGAUGAUUAACAUGGACUUAAAUUCCAAUGGAAUUGCUGGAUUUGAAUAUGUAGAAUAUGGGGACCUGCAGGUCCAGGGGUGAGUGGGCAGGGGUGUGGAGAUACAGCCAUGGAAGGAUGACCUGGUACCUAUGCACCUUUCGGCAAGACAAAACCGCGUUAGAGCAAGACCGCUUACAUGCAUGUACCUGGAUGCAGCCUUUCUCAGUGUUUUCGCAAAUAGGCAGCCUAGUUUAGGCAUAUAGGCAGGCCAGGGACCUUGGGGAAGUCAUAUCUCAACAGUAUUACGUGUAUGACUGGGGCGGGUGGGGGUUGCGUUCUAGGGAAAACUGGUGAUUAUGAAGAAAAUUGUGUCCUUCACGCCUCAGAACCCGAGAAUAUUGAUGACCUCCCACAGAUUUCGUUAUUCUGAGGUGUCCUGCCCAGAUGAGCGGCUUGGGAAAUCGGCACUCAAUCUGCCCUUCGCUUGGCUGAAGUCAAUUGGCCGUCACCAACCAUGCAGCCAACGCGUAGCUUCCUGCGCACCUGUUCAGGGACUGUCGCGUUAAGUCCAGGCUGGCCCACCGCGUCUAUUCUGAGCUCAGCUUUUACGUCCGUCGAUUGGUUGGGUUUGUUUUUUUUUUCUUUUUGAACGAUCAGAAGCUGGGGUAUCUGGGCACCAAUACAGACGUCGCUGUGGCAGAAAAUGGGUGACUAGUGUUGAGUGAGACUCAUUCCAACUGACUGCACAUGGUACGCUAUCUGGGGCAGGGCAGCUACAUACAUUUAUAUAACAUGGGGAGACACAAAUGAAAUAUUUCCCUGGUAUUUUUGUGAGAAAAUAUAUACAUGGGAUAUAUUUUAUUAAGUGUGUGAGAUAGGUGUUACUGUCUUGUUCCCAAGACCUGAUUGUUUUAUGUUGCUUUUGGUCUCAGCGGUCUGAACUCGAAGGCUUCCUGUAGUGUUCUGUUUUACUGCAGGCAGGGAGUUGCGUGAUCGAACACGAGCAGUUUCUAGUCACUGUAUAAGUAGCUUUUUAUAUCUUGUAAUAGUAUAAACAGUUGUGUUUACACUUCUCUUUCCUGGCCUGUGUUGAGCUUCAAUAAAUAACAGUUUUGGGAUGUGA